CGCCACUGCAGAUUCAGCGUCCACACAUCAUCGCCAAAUCAAUCUAUCACCAUGGGUAAAGUUCACGGAUCUCUUGCCCGUGCCGGCAAGGUCAAGUCUCAGACUCCUAAAGUUGAGGCCCAGGAGAAGCCCAAGACCCCCAAGGGCCGUGCUCUCAAGCGCCACAAGUACACCCGACGAUUCGUCAACGUCACCCUGACCGGUGGCAAGCGGAAGAUGAACCCCAACCCCGGCUCUUAAACGGACUAGACCACGGUUAGGGAGAGAAGGAUGUAAAGAUUGACAACGGGGCCGUUCUCCGAUGGUUGCUUGAUUUCAGCAGAAGGGAAAUGGAAUGAGUCGGGUCGAUUGGCAGGCUGAGCAUCAUCCACAGUUUGAGAGAUGCGAAGAAGCGCGACGACUUUGCUCGGCGUCUGGUGUCGUUUGUCAAUAUAACGAAGAUUCGUCCACGAUGAAAAGUUCCACUUGUGAUAAUAUUCGUGAUGUUAUGAUGGGUUGAAAUCACAGCUGCUUCGACGACAAAACCAAUCGCACCUUCACCCUGUACCGGUUUGCGGGCUGCCUACCUACUAAAUAUGUUUUUGUAUAGACAGAAGUUGCAAUUUGAUGCGCUUGCCUUUUUACUCUUCCUUCAUCAUCGGCCUUCAAAUCUUCUGGUACAAGCUAGCAUCUCGUUG